GAUUUAACAUACUUUACAAAUAUUGAGGGAGCCCUAUUUUCUGUACAAUUGCUCAGUCAGGAUUCAAUAUACCUGCAAAAAUAGUUGAGACCUCAUAGUCUAUCAUAGUAGCUUAAUUCGCAAUACAGGAUGUACAGCAGCUGGACGCUUAUUGGAUAAACAUGACAGCCACGAUUGCUACGUUGAUUGGUUUGGAGCUUUGUUUGUUUUUUCCCGUGCAGGUUGAGAGAGAGCGAGAGAACGUGAGAGUAGGUUUUCUAAAAUGGGGAUCCUUACAGCUUCGAUACUGAUCUGGCUCUGUGCUGCCCCUGUAAUGGGUGACUCCAAAGGUGUAACAACUAGUCUCACUGCAAAAUGGCCAUCAACUCCGCUGUUGCUUGAAGCAAGUGAAUUUUUAGCAGAAGAAAGCCAGGAUAUGUUCUGGGAUUUUGUGGAAGUUAAUCAAGAAAUUGGUCCCAAUGAACAUGGAGAUACUGAUCACUCUUACUAUCACCUGAUACUGAAGAGAGCCAGCCAAUUCCUCACCAAUCUGCAGCUCAACAUGCUGAAGUUUGCCCUUUCUUUGCGUGCAUACUCUUCCACAGUGCAGUCUUUUCAGCAGAUUGCUGCAAAUGAGCCCCCUCCUUCGGGAUGCAAGGCUUUCCUCAAUGUUCAUGGUGAAACGACUUGCAAUCAAGACAGCCUGAAAGCCCUGCUGGAGACCGCUUCAGAGAGGCCAAAGCCAUACCUGUUUAAAGGAGAUCACAGGUUUCCAUCCUCAAGUCCAGACACCCCCGUGGUUAUUCUGUACGCUCAGAUGGGCAACAAAGAGUUUUCCAAAUUCCAUCAACUCCUUGUUUCAAAGGCUAACAGUGGGGAGAUCACCUACAUCCUCCGACAUUUCAUUGUGAAUCCCAGUCAAAGUAAAGUUUUCCUCUCUGGAUAUGGUGUUGAACUGGCAAUCAAGAACCAAGAGUACAAAGCCAAGGAUGAUACUCAGGUUCAAGGGGCUGAAGUAAACGCUACACUGUAUGGUGAGAAUGACCCUGUUGAUGAAGUUCAGGGAUUUCUCUUUGGAAAACUGAAGACUCUAUACUCCGAUAUGCAGGAGCAACUCAAAGAAUUAAGGAAGCACCUUGUGGAAAGUACCAAUGAGAUGUCGCCUUUGAAGGUCUGGCAAUUGCAAGAUCUUAGUUUCCAGACAGCAGCUCGAAUCCUGGCAGCUCCUUCAGCCGAAGCUCUGACAGUCAUGAGGGAUCUUAGCCAGAACUUCCCCAACAAGGCCAGGUCCAUUACAAGAACUGUGGUAAAUUCUGAGCUCAGGAAAGAAGUGGAAGAAAACCAGAAGUACUUCAAAGGAACUUUAGGCCUACAGCCUGGUGACUCUGCACUUUUCAUCAAUGGCCUUCACAUUGACUUGGAUAUGCAAGAUAUUUUCAGUGUGUUUGAUACCCUGCGGAAUGAGGCCCGUGUAAUGGAGGGACUGCGCAGUCUGCUGAUAGAUACUUCUGUCAUUCACGACAUCUUGAAGCUGAACGUGCAGCCGUCAGACUCGGACUAUGCUGUGGAUAUCAGGAACCCUGCCAUCUAUUGGAUCAAUAACCUUGAGACGGACAGCAGGUAUGAUUCAUGGCCCUCCAGUGUGCAGGAGCUCCUCCGACCUACAUUCCCUGGAGUCAUCCGACAGAUCAGGAAGAACUUCCACCAUUUUGUAAUUAUAGUUGACCCCACAGACGAGAGCACUGCUGAGUUGAUAAAUGUGGCUGAAAUGUUCUUUAGCAAUCACAUUCCAUUAAGGAUUGGUCUGGUGUUUGUGGUUGACGACUCUGAAGAUAUUGAUGGACUCCAGGAUACUGGAGUUGCUUUACUCAGAGCUUUUAAUUAUAUAUCCGAAGAAAUGGGCAAUCAUCAUGCCUUCCAGGCUAUAACAACUAUGUACAACAAGGUUCGGACUGGAGAGAAGCUGAAAGUGGAGAAUGUAAUUAGUGUUCUGGAGAAGAAAUAUCCCUACGUUGAAGUGAGCAGCAUUCUAGGAGCUGAUUCUGCAUAUGACAGGAACAGAAAGGAGGGAAGGAGUUACUAUGAGCAGACUGGUGUGGGCCCUCUCCCUGUGGCUCUGUACAAUGGGAUGCCCUACCAGCGAGAUCAGCUGGAUGCUGAUGAGCUGGAAACUGUGACUAUGCACAAGAUCCUGGAGACCACAAGCUUCUACCAGAGAGCUGUCUAUCUGGGUGAACUCACAACCGAUCAAGACGUUGUUGAUUUUGUAAUGAACCAGCCCAAUGUUGUACCAAGAAUAAACUCGAGGAUUCUUUCGACUACCAGGCAGUACAUUGAUUUUUCAAAAAUAAACAACUACUUUGUGGAUGAUUAUGCAAGGUUUACUUUUCUUGAUGCCAAAGAGAAGACUGCUGCAGUGGCCAACAGCAUGAACUACUUGACUAAGAAAGGAAUGUCUUCCAGGGAAAUCUAUGAUGACACCUAUAUUCGACCGGUUACUUUCUGGAUUGUUGGAGAUUUUGACCAGCCCUCAGGAAGGCAGUUAUUAUAUGACUCAAUAAAACAUAUGAAAUCCAGUAAUAAUGUUCGAAUUGGUAUGGUAAACAACCCUGCUGAAAAAGCAACACCAGAGAACAGUCGUAUUGCAAGAGCGAUCUGGGCAGCCAUUCAGACGCAGACAGCCAACAACGCCAAGAAUUUCAUCACCAAGCUGUCCAAGGCGGACACGGCUGAGGCUGUGGAGUCUGGGGCAGAUGUUGCAGACUUUGCAGUCGGGGGUAUGGAUAUUGGCUUGUUUAAGAGUGCGUAUGACUCUCCCAAAGUAGACUUUCUGCUCUCGCACUCCGCCUUCUGCAGAGAUGUGCUGAAGCUGAAGAAAGGACAGAGAGCUGUGAUCAGCAAUGGGCGGAUAAUUGGGCCUCUUGAAGACAGUGAAGUCUUCAACCAGGAUGAUUUCCUCCUCUUAGAAAGCAUCAUUCUGAGGACAUCUGGAGAGAGAAUUCGGAGCAAAAUCGAGCAACUGGGAAUAGAGGAGGAUCGUGCCAGUGACCUGGUUAUGAAGGUGGAUGCUUUACUCUCCUCUCAGCCCAAGGGAGAUGCAAGAAUUGAGUACAAUUUAUUUGAAGACAGAUAUAGUGCAGUGAAGGUUCGACCGAAGGAGGAAGAAGUGUAUUUUGAUGUUGUGGCUGUAAUGGAUCCUGCAACCAGAGCUGCUCAGAAACUUGCUCCUCUCCUCAUAGUUCUGAACCAGCUGAUCAAUAUGAACCUUCGAGUUUUUAUGAACUGCCAGUCCAAGCUGUCUGACUUGCCUCUGAAGAGCUUUUAUCGCUAUGUGAUGGAGCCCGAGGUUACCUUCAUGGUAGAUAAUAGUUUUGCUCCAGGCCCUAUUGCCAAGUUCCUGGAUAUGCCUCAUUCUCCCCUGUUCACACUGAAUGUGAACCCCCCAGAGAGCUGGAUGGUGGAGUCUGUCAAAACACGCUACGAUCUGGACAAUAUUUACUUGGAAGAGGUGGAGAGUAUGGUGGCUGCUGAGUAUGAGCUGGAAUAUCUGCUGCUGGAGGGGCACUCUUAUGAUGUGAGCUCAGGUCAGCCCCCUCGAGGACUGCAGUUUACUCUGGGGACAACAUCCGACCCUGUCAUUGUGGAUACCAUUGUGAUGGCUAACCUGGGUUACUUCCAGCUGAAGGCUAAUCCUGGAGCCUGGGUUCUGAAAUUGAGAAAGGGGAGAUCAGAAGAAAUCUACAAAAUUUACAGCCAUGAGGGCACCGACUCUCCUGCCGAUGCUGAUGACUUGAUAGUGGUCUUGAACAAUUUCAAGAGUAAAAUCAUUAAAGUCAAGGUCCAGAAAAAGUCUGACAAAAUAAAUGAAGAGCUGCUUAGUGAUGGAAACCAUGACAGUGAUUCAGGAUUUUGGGAGUCCUUAACAAGGGGAUUUACUGGAGGUGCAAAGCCUGAUGAAGUGAGGCCGGAGAAAGAUGAUGUCAUCAACAUUUUCUCAGUGGCAUCAGGGCACCUUUACGAAAGAUUCCUCAGGAUUAUGAUGCUGUCUGUACUUAAGCACACCAAAACCCCUGUGAAGUUCUGGUUCUUGAAGAAUUACCUGUCUCCAGCUUUCAAGGAGUUCAUUCCUUACAUGGCUGAGGAGUAUGGGUUCCAGUAUGAACUGGUUCAGUACAAAUGGCCCAGGUGGCUCCACCAGCAGACAGAGAAGCAAAGAAUCAUCUGGGGAUACAAGAUUCUCUUCUUGGAUGUGUUGUUUCCACUGGCUGUUGACAAGUUUCUCUUUGUUGAUGCUGACCAGAUUGUGCGCACAGACCUGAAAGAGCUGAGAGACUUUGACCUGGAAGGGGCUCCCUAUGGCUACACCCCGUUCUGCGAGAGCCGAAGGGAGAUGGAUGGAUACAGGUUCUGGAAGACAGGAUACUGGGCCAGUCACUUAGCUGGGCGAAAAUAUCAUAUCAGUGCCUUGUAUGUGGUGGACCUGAAGAAGUUCAGAAAGAUAGCUGCUGGAGACCGCCUCAGAGGACAAUACCAGGGUCUGAGUCAGGACCCCAACAGCCUUUCCAAUCUCGACCAGGAUUUACCCAACAACAUGAUCCAUCAGGUGCCUAUAAAAUCCCUCCCCCAGGAAUGGCUGUGGUGUGAAACCUGGUGUGAUGAGUCCUCCAAGAAGUGGGCAAAAACUAUUGAUCUGUGCAAUAACCCACAGACCAAAGAGCCUAAACUGCAGGCAGCAGUAAGGAUAGUGGGAGAGUGGUCAGAAUAUGACCAGGAGAUCAAGAAGAUCUACAACAAGUUCACAGAUGAGAAGGAGAAGGGUUCCGUUCCAGUCAAUAAUGACACCGCAUCAAGGAGCAAAGCAGAUCACAAUGGGCACACUGAAUUGUAACCUGUAGUCUAACAGGAAAAGAAGAAAUCCAACUCUGUUUAAAGAGUUUCUUUCUUUUUAUGAGAAGUUUGAAUCCCAGCAUACAGAUCUGCAAAGACUGAUAUUGUGUUGAAUGCUAUUUUCACAUUUUCUAUUCAAAUGGGUGUCUGUCUUUGUAAAAGUAAUUUGAAAGGGUAACUAAAUCAAUUAUCAAUGGACUGUAGGUGCUGGGUAGAAAUCAAGAAAACUCAAAACAGUCUGCUUGCCCAGGAGCGAUACGCCUUUUCUUUGCUUUUUUUUAUUUUUUUUUUAAUUUCUUUUCAUUUUUCAAUACUCUUGAACCUACUUUUAAUUAUUUUGCUAACUGCAGAUCUUCCAGCCUAGAAAUCAUUAAAGAGAGUACUGUAGUAAAACAAAGAACAUGUUCACAAUUUUAUAUUGAGAACUGGAACUGAUAGGAGAUGCAUGUGCACACUGUAUAAAUGGACUGAUUAUGAUCCAUUUUGAUUCUGGAAGUGGUACAGAAGUGCUCUAUUUGAUCACCUAAUAAUUUGGGUGUUGGAACUCAAAUUAAAAAAAGAUUAAGGCUCAUUCCUUAACUGAUGAAUCUGUAGAAGACACAUUUUAUGAAUGAAAGUAAUAUGAAAAGAAAUUGUCUUAGAAGCUUGAAAAGCAAAAUAUUGCUUGUAUACAAUUGAGAACACGUGUGUGUGUGUGUGUGUGUAUAAUAUAUAUAUAUAUAUAUAUAAUAUAUAUAUAUAUAUAUAUAUAUAUAUUAUAUAUAUAUAUUGUAUACACACACAUACAUACAUACAUACAGGGAUAGAAAUAAGACUCUUGCAUAGCAGUGUGAUUAUUGUUAUUUAUUUAGCAGACGCCUUUACCCAAGGCGACUUACAGAGACUAGGGUGUGUGAACAUCAGCUGCAGAGUCGCUUACAACAACGUCUCACCUGAAAGACGGAGCACAAGGAGGUUAAGUGACUUGCUCAGGGUCACACAGUGAGUUAGUGAGUGAACCGGGGACCUCCUGGUUGCAAGCCCUUUUCUUUAACAACUGGACCACAGAGAUCCAUUCCUGAUUUUACUAUGUGGUUAAUAAGACACGCCUGAGCUUGUAACCUAUAUGCUGUGGCUAAUCAAGCUUGUAGUAAAACCUGGAAUGUGCGAAACUGCUAUGCAACAGGAGUCUCAUUUCCAUCCCUUAUAUAUUGCACACACUUUUAUAGUAUGAAAUAUAUUAUGCUGUAUUUAAAUAUGGGUUUGUUGGGAAAUUUUACAAAUAUUCUGCAAACAUAUUUUUAUUUUUCUAUGCAGUACUGUUUCUCAUUUUGCAUAAACCCUGGCAGUAGAACUUAAUUCCCUGCUAAGCAGCCCUUGCAAAUGUGCCUGUGGAAGGCUUAAAAUAAAAUAAAUACAAAUUUUAAAAUAAUAAAACACAAAUACACUUGUGUAAUUAAUUGAUUCAAAUACCACUGUGGGGUUUUGUUUCUGUUAGUCUCAAACUUUAGGAUUGGAUUUUUGUAAGGUGCAGUAAAGAAAUACGUUUUGCUAAUAAAAAUUAAAGCUUCUUAAUUUUCCUUCAGCUACCCUGAAAUGUAUUUGCAUUAAUUUCACUGCUUUAUGAGUUUUUCCAGCAGGCAGUAUGCUAUGAUUUGAGUGCUUUGCCCGUUGUGAAAAGGGUUACAUCUCAGGGUAUUAUUGAACAAUUGCUUUGUUUUGUAUAUGAUGGAUUAAAAGAGCAACAAUUCAAUGGAUACCAGUUAAAUAUCUUGCCAAAAAAAUAACAUUUUAUUUUGUACUUUUGCACUGUAAUCAUAAUCUGUUUCUUGCUUUGUUUAAUGUACCCAUAAAACCAGAUUUUGCUGUAUGGGAUUUGGGAAAGGCCUGGACUGGUCACAUAAUGGCAGAAUAUGUGCCUUGUCAUAUAAUGUAUUAAUUGUAUCAAUAAUUAUAACUUUAAAGAAUGACAUGGUGAUAUUAUUGAAUCACUUACCUGUUUAAUAUCCUAUUACUGUAUGUGUGUUUCAUGUACUGUAAUUCUGAAGUGAGGUCAUUUAUUAAAUGAACGCUAUGGGUAUGCAGCUGCCAUUUUGUAUAGAGAUUUUCCAUUUACUGAGAGUUGCACAGGGAGCGGAAAUUACAGUUGCACGCCCCUUGUGGUCAUUUCUAGAACCGCCUAACUUCAAAACUUCAGCUUUUAAGGGUUGUUUCAGAAGAAGCCACUGUGGUUGAAAGAGUACAUUAGUUAAUAAGCCUGGUAAGUAAAGGUUUAAGCACCAAUGGAGAACCAUGCAAAACACACAACAGUAAUAGAAUCAGGUAAGAAAUGCAGUAUGAAGUAGUACAGGGUGCUUCAAAUGCAGGGGGACAUUUUGUUCUGAUGCUGGGGGGUGAAGCAGGUUUUGUGUCCUGGUAAAAAUGCAGCUUUCUGCUGUUUUUGUUUUGUAUUGUUUUUCCCCUUCAAAAAGCAGCCAAUCCAAUAACACCGGCAUCAGCUACAUUUUUUUUUUUUUUUCUUUUUUUUUUUUACACAACUGCAUAGAAGAGUGGUCAACUGACUUUAUAAUCUUUACAAAUAAAAUUAAUAUCUUGCUGAGUUAGCUUCCAGUCCUUAACAGAAUGUUGUGUACUAUUUUAAAGGUGACAGGGUUUAAAAAUUGGGUUUUCCUUAUAGCAAUUGACUUUUUUAUUGCUAAUCUGUUACCAGGCAAAAUGAAAAGGCUUAAUUGGUUUCAAGUGUAAAUAUACAGUAAGGCUUAUUUUUUAAAUUUCAUUUGAAGUCACCUUUGAUAAACCCAUUUGUCUUGGCAUGACCUAAUUGAAUAAUGGUGGAGUUUUGUCAUUUUAGUUCCAGGUAUUAGUUUGUGAGAGUUAGAUCAUGAAAUUAAAUCUUAAUCAUCUUCAUCUGGAACAGUAAAUUGGUGAAAUGCCUUGAAAUAAAAUGUGGGGCUCUGGUAAUAAAAGCAUGUUGUAUCUUAUAGUAUAUGUAUAACUUUUUUUAAUUUUAUUUUUAUUUCAGUAUGUACUUAAAAUGUUAUACAUCUGUGUAAUGCAACAUUAUUACAGCAUAAAGACACCAUCUUGCCCCAACUUGCUAUAUGAUAGUUUAAUGAGAUGUGCCACUCCAGCGGGAAUUUCCUGGGAAACUAAUUUUGUUCUAAAAAGCUGGUUCUUUUGCUUCUAACAUACAAAUAGCCAUCCGUUUAUUCAUUUGGUUUGUUUAGAGGCAAGAUUGAUUACUUCUGAAUCCUCCAUGAAUUUUUUGGCUUGAUGUAAUGUUACCUGUGGAACUGUGAUGUUUUGUAAUUGAAAUAAACCCAUCUUUGAAACAAA